UCUAUAGCGUACAGUGGUUCCUAUUCUCUAUAUCUAAUAUCUAUCAUGGUAUCAUGUCACCACAAGACUGUCACCAAAUGCCCGUACUGAUUUUAUAGGCGGUAUUCGCUGCCAUGCACAAAUUCAAGAUUUACAGAUCUUGAAAUGCGGUGAUAGUCUUCAGAUCAAACCAGUUCAAACAAAUAAAAAUUCGAAACAACCUCUCUUGGACUUCAAAAUCAAAAAUAAAGCACAAAUUUCCAAAACAAUCGUACGGGCACCACAUCACGUCGAAGUAAAUUAUUCGCGUGCGACAUUAUUCUCGGCGAAAACCGAGAUUGGUCUAUGAAUCAGUUUUACAGAUAUAUUUUAUUUUGUAAAUAUUUACCGCGAGGUGCGCUGAUUAUAUAAAUCCAACAUGUCCGAAUCAAAUGACAGUUUGGAUGUUUUAUGCAAAGGCGUGUCCGAACUCACCGUUCUUUCAUUCCGGAAGCUUGACGACGUGAAACGAUUGGCCAAACACUUCCACAAGGUCAUCAAUGAUCCCGUCACUCAACAGAGUGCCGUUGUUUUGCGUUAUCUGAAAAACUUGGACGAGACUCACCGUAAGAUAUUUCUCAAGAAACGUGAGGGUGUUGAAGUUGAGUAUAUAUUUACGACGGAGAAGAAGAGCAGCUUGCAAAGGCAGCGUUUCAACAGCUUGCCUGUCAGCGAUGUGCCAGACAUACUUAAAACUGAAUUCUCGAUCGCGGAGACAGCAAAACAAAGCCAUAUAUGCACGGACUGUCAGGUCGAAAUCGAGUUAAAUGAUGACGAACCGUUACUGGAAUCGCUUCAGAAACACUUCAAUCUUGAUGUCCAUCUACCCAAGUUGAAAAGGGAGAGCAUUGAUGUGGCUGAACCAAUUAUUUUGCCAAAAAUGUCAAGGCGUCUCUCCGCUAUGGAGUGCGGUGAUAACCCCGGACAAAGCAUCGAACAUAUUAUACAGUUAGUGAAGCCGAUGGAGAAGUUGGAGAAGACAUUCCUUAGUAAGCUGGAGACGUCGUUGAUCAGAUACUUGCCGGAUAACUCCGAAGCAAGCAUUGACGCAGCCAUAAAGUUCUAUCAGACACUGUACGAUAAGCUCUGCCAAGAUAUGAUGUCUAUUGAUUUUUCAACUCAAGCGAGCUCUGUCGCCCCGAUAAUUAUGAGCAUUAAGGAUAAUGUGAAUCAGAAUUUCGCAGCUGACGCUAAUAAAAAUUUCGACAAUGAUGAUGGUGACCAAAACAACGAUAGACCGCUCAAGAACCAAGUUAAGAAAUAUCGUUACUACGGACCUAUAGAGAACUUAAUAGUUAAGCUAUUGACGAAUCACAAACUAUUGACUCUAGUGGAUGAUCGUACAGGGAAACUUGCUUUUUUUUGCAUGGCGUGCGAAUAUUAUACUUUAAGAUUUCGUUAUGACAGUGUCUUAAACCAUGUGUUUAGUGAGACGCACAUACACAACCUCGCUUGCAUUCUAGAAUCAGACGAAAAUAUACCGCAAUUCGCUAAAAAUGAACCGACAAUCGAAAAGAUUAAGAACUUCAACACCUAUAUGACGAAGCAGUUUUUAUGUGAUUAUGGAAGGGCACGUGAUCAAAUGCAGGAAUAUUGCGCUCUUUGCAAGGUCGUUCUUGAAACGAAUGAAAAAUUAAUCUUGCACAUAUUGGACGAGAAUCAUCUAUCCCGACUAUCAGAUAGGCUGUACCGGAAGAUGAAAACGAAAAAUCUAGACGGCCCGGUGCCUGAUGAGUGGGGCCCCAAAAGUUUGGAUUGGGCGAAGUUUUUGGCCAGUGUCGGCAAACCUCUGAACAAUCGCGACCAUGUUGUGAUCGAGAAUUUUAUAAAGCCGUCUGGGAAGAUCGCUAAUUACUGUUCCUGCUGUGACAUGACCUUACGCGGUCCAAGACAAGUUUUGUUCAAUCACAUUCGCCAAAAGAAACAUUUGCGCAACGCGGCACCGCACAAAUUAUCGCUGUUGUACAAAAAUCAGUGCCGUCCAGCCGAAUAUUUCGCAAGCUUCGGCAAUUAUUACGUUUGCGCUAUUUGUCCAAGUUACAUCGCUCUGCCGUCAUUCGCGGCGACUGUCGAACAUUUCGAGAGCACGCUGCACAUCGAGACGAUAUCGAAGUUGAUAAAUUCGGCCCUAAAUUCUGACUACGAUAAGAAAUUGUUGGAUUUGAAUAAAAUAAUCGUAAACGAUGGCUUUAAAUGCGAAUUAUGCGACUUAACAUUCGCUGAUAUUAGAGAAACAAUAACGCACAUCCUAUCGAACUUCGAGCACCAGAAUUCGAUGGUCGAAGCGAGAGUCAAAGCGAACAAAGCUGAUAUUAUCAGCAUAUAUAUGCAAGGGAAUUAUGUACUGCAUAGCGAAGGCGCGACGUUCACUUGCGUUCCGUGCAAAGGCGUUUUUAAUUCCAUAAGAUCGCUGCUCUUCCAUUUGGUAUAUGCGGAGCACUUCAACCAUAAGCCGACAGCUGAGAACGUGUUUCGUUUUUAUUUGGAAUUAAAGCACAAUGUCAAUAUGCUGUCUAGGAAUAAAUACGUUUACUACGAUUUUGGUAAACUGAAGUGCGGUGUCUGUGAUUCGGAUGUCGAUGAUGGGGAAAACGCGAAACGCCACGUUUUGUCGUCUCGCCACCGGGAUAAUAUGGGGGCCAGUUACGUUAAUAUUAAUUUAGAUGCAUCUGCUAUGGAAUGAGUUAUGAAUGUAUUGCGACACCCUGCGUCGCUCGACCUCGAGUGUUAAUCAUGUUAUACCAAUAUUUGCGGGUGGAGUUCUACUGAGUGAAAUUUUAAUAAAUGAAAUAAUUUUCUAAUUUUA